CCACCGAACGCCCUAGCUUCCCCCAUGUCCCCCGCCAAAAGCACUCUCACUCCCCAACGCAAGCACCGCAAACUUCUCAAAGACGGCUCUGGCUCUGAAGUAUGGCCUGAAUCCGUAGAACACGUCUUUGUCGAGGGCCUCAAAGCUUACUGGAACUCUCCAUGGGCGUCGUGUUCAGGUGGAAGGUCUCGGUGGAGGAAUCAAUUCCUCGUCGAGUACUUACAGCAGAAGGGCAUCGAGAGAUCUAAAAAACAAGUGGCCAGUCAUCUUCAGGUUCUACGAAACAUGUGGAAAGGCGAGCCAGAGUAUCAUCUCGUAGCAGGCGCGGACGAAGCUAUUUUGGAUCAUACCAAUAACUCCCCGAGCAGCUCCAGCUCAUCAUCGCUUCCAGGCUCUUCCUCACUUCCCUCCAGUCCGCCUACAUCUGUCCAUUCCAGUCCUAUUCCGACCGAUUAUCUCUCUCUUUCGAACGCCUCACCACUGAGAGCAACAUGCAUAACCCUCCAAGCCUCCCAGAUGACACCGUUCCAUAUCAAAAUCGACGGCCUUUUACCCCCGACUUGUCCUACACCCCCUCCAGCAGUCAUAAAACUUAGAUUAAGUGUCCCACCACCCACAUCAUCUGGGCUAUUCCAGGGUUUCACGGGUUCAGUGGGAAUUACUUCCUUUACCGGACGGGUGAAAUGUACGACAAAAGUCUACGUUGAUGGGAGAAAGGUUUUGGAAGAGAUGGAUGAGAUGCGCGUUGUCAAAUCAGAGGAUCAAGACGUUUCAGAGGUGAUCUUACCUAUGAGCAAUUUGACGACGUGUAGAUGGUUUGAUCCGGCCAAACGUACAAGCCUCACACAGGAAAUAUCUUUGAUUCCUGUUGACGUCCAGAAUCAGAAAGUACAACCGUUGCUCUACAUCAUGUACGAACUGGACAGGAACGCUGAUUUUCCAGAGGCCAAGGUGGUCAGAUACGACCGUUAUCAUACCUCCAGUUCCAGCACUACUACCAGAUCGCCUCCAGCCACGUACAACCCCGGCAGCCCACCGGCGUCGCAGUAUCACAUUGUGAAUGUCAACGGUUCGUCGACGUCGACACCAUGGAGUGGAAGCUUGUUCCAACUGUCGUCGACGUCGUCCUCUUCUUCGGGAGAGUCCGGGGAAGGUGUACCGGCGCCUUCACCACUAUUGGGUAUGGCAUCGUUGAAUCCGAACUCGCAAUCGCCGUUCUCGAAUUCGAGUCACUUCCCGCACACCCUUCCUCAUACACGUAUUCAUCCGCAGGCACAUACGGAACUCUAUCACCAUCAACAGAUGCAACCUACCCUUUCGACCUAUAAUUAUUCGUAAAUCUCCCUUUUAUCCUUCUUUGUGUGUUGUACGAUAAUGUGGAUUGUAUUACUAUGUGGAUUGAUUACUUGCCUCCUCUCCUUUCUUUUGACGCGUUGAAGCUUCACAGCUGUUCCGCAAAUAGACAUUUUCUCUUCUCUCCCCAGGAAUAUUUUUUGACUUUUGAAUUCCCAGAACUUUGGAUGUACCUGUUGUAUCGCGUAUGUUAUAAUUGUUACAGUAUAUUCUUGUGGUUAUGUUACAGCCAGUCUAUAUCAUCUAGUCGUAUUUACCAAACUCAAUGUUGAACGUGGAUCUUUUCUCUUCUGUGA